CUCAACCUUUCCUAUAACAGGUUUGAGGGUGAAGUUCCUAGUGAAGGAGUGUUUAGCAAUAUCAGUGCAUUCUCAAUUACGGGAAAUAACAAGCUUUGUGGAGGAAAUAAAGCAUUGCAAUUGCCCGCAUGUCCCACAAAAAUUUUGAAGAAACAAAAAAAGCAUUUAUCCAAUAGAGUACUAAUCAUUGCAAUUAGUGUUCCUGUCUGCAUCAUUUUGCUGCUCGCAUGCAUUUGUGUGACUCUGUAUUGGAAAAAAAGGUUGAAAGUGAAAACAAUUUCAACCUUGUCUCUUGGGAACCAGUACCCAAAUCUUUCUUAUGCAGAACUUCUUCAGGCAACUGAAGGAUUCUCCUCAAGAAAUUUGAUUGGCGAGGGAAGCUACGGUACUGUGUACAAAGGGAUUCUCAAUUCUGAAACUAUAAGAGCAAUUGCAGUCAAGGUACUCAAUCUUCAAGUAAGGGGAGCCAGCAAGAGUUUCUUGGCAGAAUGUGAAGCAUUGAGGAACAUCCGACAUCGAAAUCUUGUUAAGAUAAUCACUGCUUGCUCAAGCAUAGACUUCAAAGGCAAUGAGUUCAAGGCUUUGGUCUUUGAAUACAAAUCCAAUGGGAGUCUUGAGAGCUGGCUACAUUCUAGAUCAGCAAACGAGGAGGACUCCAGGAACUUGAGCCUUGUUCAAAGGCUUAAUAUUGCAGUUGAUGUAGCCUCUGCAUUGGAUUAUCUUCACAACCACUGUGAAACACCUGUCAUUCACUGUGACUUGAAACCGAGCAAUGUUCUUCUUGAUGAUGAUCUCUCCGCCCGUGUAAGCGAUUUUGGUUUGGCAAGAAUUUGUCUGACCGAGACCAGUGCAUCCACUCAUACACACAGCAGUACUUCAAGUAGAAUUAGAGGAACAAUUGGAUAUAUGGCUCCAGAAUAUGCUGUAGGUGGGGAAGCAUCAAUAAAAGGUGAUGUGUAUAGUUAUGGAAUUGUUUUACUGGAGAUGUUCACGGGAAAAAGACCAACAGACAACAUGUUUACAGACAAUUUCAAUCUCCAUAACCAUGUUAAGAUGGCUGCUGCUGAGCAGGUGAUGGAGAUUGUUGAUCCCUCACUGAUAUCGGAAGGACCAACUGAAUCAAAUAGGACUACUGGAAGCAGCAGAGGCAAUGUUGUUAGGACACUGAAGUGCUUGGGAUGAAUCCUUCAAAUUGGAGUAAUGUGUUCUGCAGAUUUA